CAGUCCAAUCAGCAUUCUGGGAUUAAAUCUAGAAGCUUCCUGUAGGCACAGAGAUCUGGGAGGGUUUAGAUUUUAUGCUGCUUUUUAUUAUUGUUGGAGUGGAUUGAAGUGCAUCAGCCAUGGAGUGGAUGCAAGUGUUUGUCUUUUGCACAUUGCUGGUUUCUUCUGAUGGUCUUAUCAGAAUUCCACUGACAAAGUUCCAGCCCAUCCGGAGGGUGCUAAUUGAAACUGCGGAUUCCAUUGAUAGCCUUUUUGCUGCCGGUCACCCCAGCCCUGACAAGUACACGGGAUCACCAAGAAAGGGGACAGAGACUCCCGAAAUACUCACCAACUACUUGGAUGCCCAGUACUAUGGCAAGAUUGGCAUCGGUACCCCACCACAGCCGUUCACUGUGGUCUUCGACACCGGGUCAUCCAACCUCUGGGUUCCAUCAGUCCACUGCUCCUUUUUCGACAUCGCCUGCUGGCUUCACCACAAGUACAAAUCAAGCGCAUCGAGCACAUACGUGAAGAAUGGGACAGCGUUUGCUAUUCAUUACGGAUCUGGGAGCCUUUCAGGAUUCCUCAGCCAAGAUUCUCUAACAAUUGGUGACAUGGUGACUCCAAAGCAAGUUUUUGGGGAGGCGGUGAAACAGCCUGGACUUGUCUUCAUUGCGGCAAAAUUCGAUGGGAUCCUCGGCAUGGCCUACCCCGCAAUCUCUAUUGAUGGUGUCCUGCCUGUCUUUGACAACAUGAUGAAACAAAAGCAGCUGGAGAAAAAUAUUUUCUCUUUCUAUCUGAACCGAAAUGUGAGUACUCAGCCUGGUGGGGAGCUGCUUCUCGGAGGCGUGGAUUCCAAAUAUUACACUGGAGACUUUCAUUAUCUCAACGUCACUCGCCAGGCCUACUGGCAGAUCAAAGCUGACCAGGUGACUGUAGGAAAUCAGCUGACCCUGUGUAAGGAUGGUUGCCAGGCGAUAGUGGAUACAGGAACAUCACUUAUCGUCGGGCCAGUGGAGGAGAUUCGAGCUCUUCAAAAAGUUAUUGGUGCACUGCCCUUGAUUCAAGGAGAGUACAUGAUCAACUGUGACAAGAUUCCCAGUCUACCUGUUGUCACCUUCAAGCUGGGCGGCAAACAAUUCACCCUGACAGGGGAGCAGUAUGUAAUGAAGAUCAGCAAGUUUGGCCAAAGCCUGUGCCUCAGUGGAUUCAUGGGCAUGGACAUCCCUCCUCCUGCUGGACCACUCUGGAUUUUGGGUGAUAUUUUCAUUGGCCGCUAUUACACCGUCUUCGACCGUACCAGUAACCGAGUGGGCUUUGCUGAAGCCGUGUAGCAUGUACCCUGAAGCAGAAGGGACACUUCCCCCUUUUUUUUUUUGUUUCUGUUUUUGUUUUUUUUUUCCAAAUUUGCGUGGGCCUGAUUUUAGAAAACUCUCUAAAGGAAAAUGAUGUAGCUGACUCCUUACUGACACCUCUCCUGAUUAACCAUGAUCUGGCUACCGUUCUGUAACCCUUGCCUUGCUGAAUGAAGACCACCUUGGCAUGUUUGUGUGGUUGUCCUCUCGGUAAAACUGAGAUUUAAGCUGGUUUGCCAGUAACAUGAUUUUCCUGCCCAAAACUACUUUAAUGAAAACUCAUGGGGGUUUUAGCACCCCUUGCAUUCUGAUUUCCAACCCCUGGCCCCGCUAUGAAAGUGCAGACUCCAAGUGAUCUGUAGCACUUUCCUUCAGAGUCCUGAGGAGCUACAGAAGUCUUUGAAGACCCACCCUGAAGAAAACAGGGCAUCACUUUUUACUGCUGAUCUUGCACCGAUUCCACCUGAUUAUUUGCCCUUCCAUUUGAUCAAAGAUGCCUAUUGGUCACCUCUGGUGAGUUUUACCAUGAGAUGUCACCAUGGUCACUUAGUUUUCGACUGUUCAACAUGCCUGGUUUCCUGGCUCCUCACUGGUUUGUGGUGGAGUGGAGAGUAGUCACUUUAUUCCCACACGUUCUUUGUUGUGACAGGGUGAAAAUGUGUUCGUUUUGAGUCAGAAUUAAGUCCCACGGUAUUGAGUGGGUGCUUUGAAUAUCAGGUUUCUGUCAAUUUGAAGCAACAGCAAAUUUUUUUCCAAAAAAAAAUUCCAGAUGAAAGUAAAUGCCAUUUAAGGGAUUAAAUGAGUAGUUGGGUUAAGUCAUCCCAGCCACACUGCUAGGCCCCUGCCGCAUGUGAGAUAGUGGACUUUCCCAUCCAUUCAAUCUUGUAAUACAUCUUUGGAAGACUUCAAUCAGUCACUUGAUGGUACGGACCUUGAGAAAAGAGGCAUGUGGCUGCAUCAGGACAAAUGCCAAACUUCAAACGAUUCCAAUUUCUUCUACAGAUUUAGCAUUGGUGCAGUUUAUGCAUUGCCUUCUCUCAUUGCAGAUGUGUUGCUUUUCCCUGCAGUGUAUGUAGUUUAAAGUUCUAGUGUUCUGACUGUUUUAAAAUUUGGCAUUCUUACAUUUGUCUUGAUCAGUGCGAGAUGAAAAGCUUUGGCAAUAUGCCUGUGUUUUUGGUAAUAGUUUAGAAUCUUGGUCCUUCCAUUGAGUGGCUCAGGCCAUGACCAUUUUCCUUGUCUCUUCCUCCCUCAUCACUUAGUGGCUUGUUACAAGUGGGCCAUCUGCAGGGUCUUGGGUCCCUGAUCUGUGUGACUCCUCGUUUGUGCUCCCGUUGUUAUUAACAUCAGGGGAUGAGUGAAGACUAGACAUUACUUCACCCAGUGUAAGAAAAUUGGCUUGUGAAUUUUGCUUCCGGUUAACCUGAGGGGGCUUGGUGUUGACUGGGGAGGGAGGGGAGUUGGUUACUAGUGGGGAGAGGGUAGUUUGGCAGUGACUGGCAGGGAAUUGGGGGUUGGCUGGAUGGUUUGGUGGGGGUAGAUGGUGAGUGGAGAGAGGGGAAGGGGUUUUUUGUAGUGACUGGUGGGAUGUGGGGGUAGUAGAUAAUGGGCAUUGGGGGUGGUUUCGUGACUGAAGCAGCAACUCUAGAUCCCUCACAUUUUGCGAGUUGUCACUGGCUCUACAGGGUUUAUCCUAAUCCCUGUUCUCAGCCAGCAAGCUGCACACUCUUUGCAAAUGCAAACAGAUGAUUCUAGUUGAAUUAAUUUGGGGGUGGGGGAGAAAAAGUAUAGCAUUUUACCCAAACAUCUGACCACAUCUGCAUCCUUGUUGGUCACAGCUGAAGUCUCCCUCUGGUUACUGGCGGUUUCUCAACUUGUUUAGGGCUGUUGUAGUUUCUAACAAACAGCUGGCUCUGGAUGAUGAAGUAAUGAGCUGUUUCAUGGUGGGAGUCCUGAGGAAGAUUUUUAAGCAGAAAUGAAGUUUUUUUUUUAUGGGGGUGUGGGGAAAUUGUGAACAGAAAUGUAGCAAUACUUGAUUUGUGCCACUAGAGGUCAGUUGUAGAGCAACUCCAUUGAUACCCAUUCUCAACUCUUCCAUUUCUGGAAUUGAAAUGUGGCCCUACAAUAUACAGUGCAGAAAUGGGCCAUUCAGCCCAUCUGGUCCUUGAUAGCACUUUUUAUGACUUUUGUGUGGACCUCUGGUUUCAUUCCACCAGCUCCUUCUUGCUCAUGUAAUUUCCCCUUCAGUUUAUCCAUAAAUUAUUUCAAAUAUUCCUUGUGCUAGUGAGUUCCACAUUGAGUUGGAGGGUUUUUCCUGAAUUCCCAAGAUGGAUUUGUUUAUGAAUCUUUUAUUUAUCAUCUCUAGUUUUGAAUUUGCCAGUAAGGGGGAGAAUCCUUGUUAACUUUGAUCGAGUCCCCUCAUAAUCUUGAAGACCUCUCUAUUAGGCUCCUGUCUAAUGCAACAGCUAGGAGGAAAAGAGAGGCUGUUUAGUAUAAAGUUCGGAUUUAAAUUUAAUGUUAUAUUGUUGGCCUGUAUUUACAAAUAAACAAAACAAUUAAUGCUU